AUGGCUAGACGUUUUCUUCUCCCUCUCUUUAUCGGUACUGGUGGUGUUCUUUUUGGCUCCCACAUUUUUUCAGGAAGCCCAAAGUCAGAAAUGGCUGGUGUUAUUUCUGACUCACCAAUGUACAAGACAUUAAAGAAUUCUUACAAGGACAUUUUAUCUCAACUCGAUGAAUUGAAAAAGACCGGAAACACAUUGGACAACCAAUCUCAAGUUGUUGAGACUGUCUGCUCCAAGCAAUUGGACCCUGGUGUUUGCAAGACUCUCAUGAAUGGAAAUUAUGAAAAAUUCAAGGCUGGAACAUUCUCCAAUGACGAUUUACUUCAGUUUGUUGCUCAACAAAUUGCAAAAGAUAGAAAGCAACAUGGUGGUAGCGGUCAUCAUUAA